CGAUUGACCAUGGCCAAGUCCCGACGCACGUCCGCCAAGAUCCUGCGCUCGGGCGUGAACGCCAUGCGCACCGUGUCCAGCCACGCGGCCGAGCAGGCCUCGGGCCUCUCCACCCACGCGGCGGUGCGCCCCGUGGCCGCGGGCCUGCUCAUGCUGGCGCUGCUGGCGCUGGCCGUCAUGAGCCUGGGCCGUUUCCAGCUCUGGAUGACGGGCGCCGGCCUCUUCAUGGUCGCGCUCAGCGUGGCCAGCGCCGUGCAGGAGUUCAAGAUGCCCAAGACGGCGCAGUCGUACCAGGACUUCCUCGACAAGGAGAUGGAGAAAUGCGGGGCCGACAUGGUCACGCUGCCCCACGUGGCCCCCGCCCAGCAGCAGCUGGAACAGAAGACGCCCGAGGACGGCGUCUCCGCCAUGACGCUCAACAUCGCGUCGCCGGCCAUCGUCAACGUGUCGGCGCCCUUCCCGGCCACCCUUCAGGAGAAGCCUAGCCGACGAGAGAGCGAGGACAGCAUUGGAGCCCUGGAGUCGGCCAUGACCACGACGGUCGUCGAGGCCCCCACGCGUCGCAACAGCAGCGCUGAGGUCAGCAACAAACUGGAUGUGCUCCACUGCGGCACGGUCAUUGACAUUCAGGGAUCGCACGGAUUCAUCAUCCCGCACGACCUCUGCGUGGACGCCAAGCCGGCCAACCAGGUCACCCGCAGCGGCGCGGUGGCCAGCCCCAACCAGCCCAAGAUGCCGCUGGUUAUUCCGUUUAACCUGAACGAGGAGCAGGCAGCAGUGCGUCAGGAGAUCGCGGUAGGAAAGACCGUCGAGUUCGCGUACUCGGAGGCCGCUGACAGCAGCGACUCGACAGCAACGAUGUGCGCACAGAACGUCACGCCGGUGCCCACAGACGACGGCAUCGCGAAGAGCCGAUCUGCUCUACAGUCGUGCAAGCAGGCGCGCGAGGUGUCGUUCGCACGAGCGAUGGAGGAACUGACCAUGAUCUCGCCACGCAACGUGCCGGUGAAGCACCACGUGGACCUGAUCAAGUACGCCGAGAAGCUCGACGACCACGACGCCCCCUUCGACCAG